AUGGAGGCUGGAGGGGAGCGCUUUCUUAAACAAAGGCAAGUCCUGCUUCUCUUUAUUUUUCUUGGUGGGUCCUUGGCUGGGUCAGAAUUGAAACGCUAUUUUGUGACUGAGGAAAGUGAGAGGGGCUUUUUAAUAACCAAUCUAGCAAAGGAUGUGGGGCUGAGGGUGGACGAAUUGGCCACAAGGGUGGCCCAAGUUGCAUCCAAAGGGAACAAACAGCAUUUUCAGCUCAAUUAUCAGACCGGUGAUUUGCUCCUGAAUGAGCAGUUAGACCGAGAGGAGCUUUGCGGUUCCACGGAGCCAUGUAUACUGCCGUUUCAGGUGUUACUGCAAAACCCUUUUCAGUUGAUUACAAAUGAGCUCCAAGUCAUAGAUAUUAAUGAUCAUUCGCCAGUAUUCUUUGAGAACGAAAUGCAGGUGAAAAUCCUAGAAAGCGCCCCACCAGGAACAGCAAUUCCUUUGGGAAAUGCUGAGGACCUGGAUGUGGGAAGAAACAGUCUCCAAGACUACACCCUGGCUCCCAAUUCCCACUUCCAUGUCGUCACACAGCGUCGCAGGGACGGAAGGAAAUAUCCGGAGCUAGUACUGGACAAAGCGCUAGAUCGGGAGGACCAGCCAGAGCUUACUUUAGUCCUCACAGCGCUGGAUGGCGGCUCUCCUCCAAGGUUCGGGACGGCCCAGAUCUACAUCUUAGUCUUAGACAUCAACGACAACGCCCCCGAAUUUGCACAGUCACUCCACCAGGUUCAGAUUCCAGAAAACACUCCUGUCAACUCUGUCAUUACUACAGUCUCUGCUUCUGAUUUAGACACAGGAAAUUAUGGGGAGGUUUCAUAUGCCUUUUUUCACGCUUCAGAAGAAAUUCUCAAAACUUUUCAACUAAAUCCAAUUACUGGUGAUAUGCAACUAGUUAAAUGUCUGGAUUAUGAAACAAUUAGUACUUACGAAAUAGAUAUAGAGGCCAAGGACGGAGGAGGCCUUUCAGGAAAAUGUACAGUCAUAGUUGAUGUGAUUGAUGUUAAUGACAACCCACCAGAAUUAACCAUGUCGUCAGUUAACAGUCCUAUUUCAGAGAAUUUGGCAGAGACUGUGGUAGCGAUUUUCAGCGUUUCAGAUCUAGACUCGGGAGACAAUGGAAAAAUUAAGUGUUCCAUCCAGAAUGAUCUCCCUUUUGUCCUGAAACCCUCUGUACAGAACUUUUACACCUUAGUGACUGAGAGCCCACUGGACAGAGAAAGCACUGCUGAGUACAACAUCACCAUCACCGUCACCGACUUGGGAACUCCCAGGCUGCAAACCCAGCACACCUUCACCCUGCAGGUGUCCGACAUGAACGACAACGCCCCCGAAUUCACGCAGUCGUCCUACACCCUGUGGGUCCGCGAGAACAACAGCCCCGCCCUGCACAUUGGCACCAUCAGCGCCACAGACAGAGACUCGGGCAGCAACGCCCAGCUGACCUACUCGCUGCUGCCCGGCCCGCAGCCCGGCGCCGACGCGAUUGAAGUAGAAACAAAUUUGGAUUUAACCAAAAGAAUGCAGAAGCUAAAGAGAAUGCAUCUUAACAGGCAAGUGAUGGUCUUUAUUUUUGCAGCGUUCUUGCGUCUGGUUUUCUCGGAGCCUAUGCGUUUUUCUGUGAGUGAGGAAACAGGGAGUGGUUCCUUUCUAGCCCAUCUUACCAAACCAAUGGGUUUGGGAAUGGGGGAGCUGACCGCCCGGUCUGCCAGGGUGGUUUCUGACGAUGACAAGCAGUACUUACUAUUGGAUUCUAAGACUGGAGAUUUACUUCUGAGGGAGAAAUUAGACCGAGAAGAGAUAUGUGGCCCUAAGGAACCGUGUGUGUUGCAUUUCCAAGUGUUCCUGGAAAUGCCAGUGCAAUUUUUUCAGGGAGAAUUACUAAUUGAAGAUAUAAAUGAUCAUGCUCCAGUAUUCCCUGAUAGGGAAGUGCUCUUGAAAAUACCGGAAAACAGCCACCCAGGAACUCUGUUUCCAUUAACAUUAGCAGAGGAUUUGGAUGUGGGUAUUAAUGGGAUUCAAACUUACACAGUCAGCCCCAAUGCUCACUUCUAUGUGCUCACUCAAAAUAAUAGCGAAGGCAAGAAGUACCCAGAAUUGGUCCAGGACAAAGCGCUGGACCGCGAGGAACAGGCUGAGCUCAGCUUAACUCUUGUGGCUCUGGAUGGUGGGACUCCACCUAGGUCUGGCACAGUCUUGGUUCGAGUCCUGAUCAUGGACGUCAAUGACAAUGCUCCCGAGUUUGUGCACUCUCCAUAUGAGGUGCGGGUCCUGGAGAACAGCCCACCAGAUUCUGUGAUUCUAAACGUGCUAGCCAAAGAUGCAGAUGAUGGGAACUUUGGGAGUGUUUCCUAUGGCUUCUUCCAAGCAUCAGAUGACAUUAAGCAAACUUUCUCAAUAAAUGAGAUCACGGGAGAAAUUCGACUGAAAAAGGCAUUGGACUUUGAGAAAGUUACUUCUUACCGUGUGGAAAUGGAGGCUACGGAUGGAGGAGGCCUCACUGGGAAGGCCACUGUUUUCAUAGAGGUGGUGGAUGUGAAUGACAAUGCCCCGGAAAUUACCAUCUCUUCACUCACCAGCUCCAUCCCAGAAAAUGCUGCUGAGACAGUAGUCUCUGUUUUUAGAAUCCGAGAUAGGGAUUCUGGAGAGAAUGGAAAGAUGGUAUGCUCUAUUCCAGACAAUCUGCCAUUCCUUCUAAAACCGACUUUCAAGAAUUUCUACACUUUGGUGACAGAGAGGCCCUUGGAUAGAGAAAUAAGAGACCAAUACAACGUCACCAUCACCGUCUCCGACUUGGGGACUCCCAGGCUGCAAACCCAGCACACCAUCACCCUGCAGGUGUCCGACGUGAACGACAACGCCCCCGAAUUCACGCAGUGUUGGACAUAG